UCAGAAAUGAAAAAUGAGACUGAUACAUACAUUGAUUUUAUUUUUAACCUGUGCAUUAGAGAAAUUUUAUAAAUUGAAAAUCAAUGAUAAUUUUCAUUCACCAUUAUGAAGGAAGGGGAGCAGAAGAUAGAAAAAGUCGAUACAUGUGACGGCACUAGUGUUGUUGUUUUAAGGCUACCACUUUCAGCAUGCCCAAACUUAUGUAGGGCAAACUGGUUUAAGAUAUUAGUGAAUAUUGCAUUGGUUGUGUUCUACCACUUUGCAAAGAUGCAAAUCUUAGGUCAAAAUAAUGUUAAUAAGGAUUCGGCUUCAUUUUUGUUUCUCAUUGCCAUUAGCAUAUGGUUAUCCAACAUCAAUUUAGAGCCCAGAUGUCUUAAUUUCUACAGGCCUUUUAAGUGGUUUUAUGAUAUAUUCGCUGUAACUAUCUUCGCUAAUUUCAUUCUUGAUACUAUAUGGAAGCAGAUAGUGUUAUUCUUAAAUACUAUGGUCGCCAUUGCUAUAAAAUAUUUAGAAGAAAGCUUUUUAGCAAGUUAUAUUUACGAUUGGCUAGACCCUGAAAACAUUAUUUGUUUACCUGAUCUAGUGGCAUUGCUUUUCACCUUAUGGGUGCUACACAGCUUUGAUUUGUGGUGUAUGAUAUGCAAUUUAAUUAAUUGGGUACGGUGUGGUCUAUUUUGUUCAUUGAAGGAAAAAAUUUCACCCCGCAAAGAUAUGCCUUACCACCGCAACAGAAUGAGGAGAUAAUAAAAAAUAAUGAAAUGGGGAUAAGUGAAAGUCCUG